AUGUAUCGUCAAAUCUGCGUAUCCUUAAAACACGCCGAUUUGCAACGCAUCGUAUGGCGUAGCCACCCAUCCCUGCCUAUCCAAGAUUUUCGCAUGGUUCGCGUAACGUACGGAGUGGCAGCUGCAUCUCAUCUAGCUGUCCGAUCACUUCAACAGACGGCAAGAGAUUCGUCGAAUGAUUGUGCUAGGGCUGUUAGUGUUAUUUCCAAGGAUUUUUACAUGGAUGAUCUACUUACUGGUGCAUCUAGUAAAGAAGAACUUCGAUUGUUGCAGCAAAAUAUUUCCGAAAUAUUGAGGGAAGGGGGGUUUGAACUUCGUAAGUGGGCAUCGAACUGCGCUGAGCUAAUCGCAAGCAUUUCUAAUGCAUCUACGAACAUAUCACAUUAUAUUGUCGACGAUAAGGAUGUACACGCUUUAGGUCUUAUCUGGAACACAGAAGGAGACUAUCUCACGUUUGCUAUUAACUUGAGGGAACCGCCAGUUAAGUUGACCAAGCGCAUGUUUCUAUCAGAUGCAAGUACGCUCUUCGAUCCUCUGGGCCUGCUUGCUCCCGCUACUAUAAACUCAAAAAUUUGGUUUCAAGACAUAUGGCGCACUAAGGUAGGUUGGGAUGAUAUCAUUCCUGAGUCUAUCGCAACGAAGUGGUUGGAGCAUCGCAUAGAACUCAAGAAACUGGCACAUUUGAAGGUGAAACGUUGGUUUGGUACUGAAGUAGCUGGGUCAUUUACGCGAUUGCACGUAUUCGCAGACGCGUCCGAGCGGGCUUACGCCGCCGUUUUGUAUGCACGAACAACACAAAGCGACGGUAGCAUUAUUGUGUCAUUAAUUUCGUCGAAAACCAAGGUAGCUCCGCUUAAGCCGACAACGUUGCCACGUCUUGAAUUAUGCGCCGCUCAUCUUGCUGCUAAACUAGUGCGAAGCGUGCUGCACUGCUGGUCUGAUCUCCGUUAUCCGCUUUUCGCUUGGACUGACUCUACUAUAACAUUGGCAUGGUUACAAGCUCACCCCAGCAGAUGGGUGACAUUUAUAGCCAACCGCGUCGCUGAUAUUCAAGAAGUUUUGCCUCCCGAAUGUUGGAACCACGUUCGUUCUGAACAGAAUCCUGCAGAUUGUGCUUCAAGAGGUAUAACUCCCUCCGAAUUAUUACGUCAUCAAUUGUGGUGGGCUGGUCCUAUUUUCCUGAAAAGCACUGAACAAUUGUGGAAGCAGAAAAAAUCUAAAGAGCACACUACAGAGCUGGGCAUACGAAAGAGUAUUCGUGCCCAUGUGAUUAAUUCUACAGAUCAUUGGUCCGUGAUGACAAAAUACUCAUCGUAUUCUAAGCUGCGUCGAGUUAUUUCCUAUGUUUUACGUUUUUUGACUAACAUUCGGGCUAACAGACGGCUUAAUGUUAUAAAGCGUUUUGGUACACCGAGUUGCCAAGAGUUAUUUGAAGCUGAACUUCGCCUAAUAAGCGCUAAAAGACCAAUCCCACUUCGCAGUAGUCUUUUGCGUCUGCAGCCCUUUCUGGAUGGGACUUGUGUUCUACGUGUUGGAGGAAGAAUAAAAAACGAUGAAAUCGCUCCAGAUGUUAGGCAUCCCAUUAUCUUGCCUAAGAAUUGUCCGCUUGCUAAGUUAAUAAUCUGCGAAAUACACAAGGUCACUUUGCACGCUGGGCCCCGCAUUAUGCAAACUGUCUUACAACGUCGUUAUUGGGUUAUCGGCGCUCGUAGCUUGAUCCGUAAUAUAUACCAUAAGUGCGUGAAAUGCACUUAUUUGAACCGCAAUCUUACUACACAAGUCAUGGGUGAUCUACCUGUCAUUCGUACAACCUACGCCCGUUGUUUUACUCACACUGCUGUUGACUUCGCUGGACCUUACCUCUACAAAUUCACCCAAGGAAGAGGAGCUAAGGCUACCAAAGGCUACAUUUGUUCGUUCAUUUGUAUGUGCACUGGUGCGAUGCAUCUCGAAUUUGUUGGUGACCUGUCAACACCAGCUUUCCUAAAUGCGUUUAAAAGGUUCACCAAUCGUCGAGGAUUUUGUAAGGUCAUGGCAUCAGAUAACGGUACAAAUUUCGUUGGAGCCGAGAAGGAGUUGCGCAUUGCAUUUCAACAGUGCAUGGCUGAUAUUAAACUUCGCUCUUUCUUUGCGGACUCGAAUAUCGAAUGGCGAUUUAAUCCACCGGCUGCACCCCAUAUGGGAGGUUACUGGGAGACCGGAGUCAAACGUGUUAAGUAUCAUUUAAAACGCGUAUUAGGAGAAGUUCCACUAUCAUACGAAGAGUUCAACACACUUUUGACUGAAAUAGAAGCUUGCGUAAACUCUCGCCCACUCUGUGACAACUCUGAAGCUGCUGGUGACUUAGAAGUUUUAACUCCCGGACAUUUCAUAGUCGGUGAACCGCUGAAGUCAAUACCGGAACCUGAGGGUCAAGGGUUUCGUGGAAAUCUUCGACAGCGAUGGCAAGCAAUUUCUGCCAUGAGACAACAUUUCUGGCGUCGUUGGAGAGACGAGUACCUCGUGAGCUUACAACGUCGCACUAAAUGGUUUCGUUCUUCACGCAACAUUGAAGAAGGGGAUGUGGUUGCUGUAUUCAACGAGCCUAAUCCUCCGACGAAGUGGACGAUUGCACGAGUGAUCAAAUGCCAUCAUGGCACCGAUGGACGCGUAAGAGUAGUUACGUUGAAAACACCGCAUGGCGAAUUGGUUCGCCCUAUAGUCAAACUUUGCCUUUUGCCAACGAGAGGAGAUUUAUUUCAUGAAGAAACUAAUAACUUAUCGUAA